AUGCCGAUUCAUCUCAUCGGUGGUCGCUAUUCACAUGCUGUCUCGCUCGACGAAUUGCGCGAGAACGUGGCACGAGAGUUUGCUCAAAGCGAAGGAAACACAGCCGAGAUGGUACAAGCAGGACUCCUGAACAGUAUCGCCCUGUUCGCGGAAAACGCUACGGAUCAGGGGCAGAAGAUGCUUGAUUCCACGAUCGAACUAGCUUUACGACUCGGCAUGCACCAGCGGAGCUUUGCUUCGACGCAUGCUGGUGAUCUGACUGUGCUGGAAGAAAUAAACGCUGAUGUUCUUUUACCAUGCGAAGACUUUACUUACGAAGCCGGAAUGUGCUUUAUGCCAGCAACUAUGGCCGAAUUUCACGGCAACGUCUUUGCCGAAGAGGAAAAGGUGUUUUCUUCCUUCUGCUACCGCAUAGAAGCCGUACGUCUUCUCGGACGAGUUCUGACUAUCACUGGAAAGCAUGGGGUGGAUCGGGAUUUGGUGCAGGCCGUUGACAAUGCGCUUGCUGCAUUCUUAUACCACUUACCACGCUCCAAAAGCGAAGCGGAGAUCUCAAACACCUUUGGUGAUCUGGACGAACUCAUGUUCCAAGCACACACCAUCAUCCAAUGGAGCACCAUACUCGUGCAUUAUCCCAGAGGCGAUCUCAUAUCUUCUGACCUAUUAACCCAAGACGUACUUGGAGCCAACUGUACCAAGCUCCUUUGUCCCUGCAAUCGACAACAUAUUCACUCCGUCAAAGCUAUCGAAGCCUCCAAGACUAUAGCUAUGUUAGCGGCACUGCGCACUCCAACUCAAAAGCACACACCAUUGUUUGUGUACCCACUAGCUCUUGCUGCCGUCGUCCAGCUUUCCAUCGGCGCGAUGCACGACAAGAGCCCCCGGCGUUGCUUGGACCAGCACGCUGACCGAGUCAAGCUGUUACUUGGGGUACUCAAGUCUAUGAGCCGCCAAUGGUCGGCUGCUGGAAUCGUGUUACGCACCUUAAAGAGGGUAGCAUCCGCAGUAUUCCGUAGUUCCUCCGUCGAUUCAUCGUCCAGCAUAGUGGCUCCUCCAGCCACAUCAAUCGAUAACGAUGCUUUCCCCGACUUCGAUCUCCAGGAUUUGUACGGACUUGUGGGUCUUGAUAACAACUCGUUAGGCAUAUGA